UGGCCCAAUAAUUUUGUGAUGAUUGUUCGCGUUCAUACUAAUAGUUACCAGUUGGCGUUUUUCAAAAUGGGAAAAAGUACCAAUCCUGCGGUACCAAAAUGGAAAGAAACCAAAAGCAUUAGCAAAGUAUUACAAACUGUUGGAAUUAAGACCAAGAGAAAAGUAGCCUAUCAAACGGGUCAAUAUGCAGUAGUCCCAGCGACAUUCUGGAAUCUCAAAGAUGAAGCAUUAUUUCUGACUGCAACCUUUCAACAUUACCCCGAAACUAAUGAAAUGAAACUGGACAUUUCAUUCGACAUUAAUGAUGACUGUAUCCCGCAAUUAAGAAUGAAAAAAUGCGCGAAUCCGGAAGAUCCCGCUAAGGUUGACAUCGCAGAUGUUUUUUUUGUAUCGGCUAUAAUUGUUGAAGACUGUGAACAGGAUCAUGAGCUGUUCACAUGGAAAGUUUUAGACCCUAUAGGGUUAGAAGAGUUUACUAAGUGUGAGACUGAGAAGCAGGAAUGGGCCGUACCAAAAUAUGUUUUGGGGUUUCACCAAGACCUUGACUUAUGGAAAAAUUUGUACACCGUGCGAUUGGAAGCUAAACUUGGUUCAUGGGUCGUCCAUUGCCAUUGCUAUAUCAAUGUUAUAAUGGCCGCUGUUGACGCUAAUAUUGGAGGUGGCGAAUAUCGAACGAUCGACCGCACAAAACCAUUCAAAUUGAAUGGAACAACGAGUCGGGAUUUCUCCAAGCCGCCUAAUGUCGAACAGUUUAAGGCGUAUAAUUGGAAAUGCAUAUCAUGGGAUGAUUACAGUAAUAGGGAGUGCAGAAAAACAUUUCCUGAGACCGAUGACGAUCCAGAACGUGCCGACAUCGCUGGGCAGGUUAUUACUGUUUCAAAUGAGCAAAAGCUUGACGUGGAAAUCAUUUGUGUAAGCAAUUGUGAGAAUGAACUAUAUAAUGCAGAUGAAAAGGUUUAUCUUCGCGCUUAUUGCGCGAAUUGUGGAGGAGGUCGCAUUGGUUACGAAUGGACUGUAGGAGAAAUGGUCGCUCUGGAGCAGAAAGAACUGCGAAUGAAGAUAGGCACGAACUCGCUGGUACGAAUCGAGUUACUGGUGCGCGCAUCAGAUGGCCGCACUGGUGUUGAGAUUAAAUUUUUGACCAGGAAUGACGGCCCUAGCCAAGGUCGGUGCACUGUGGCACCCACUGUGGGCGAUGAAUACGCCACACCCUUCAUAGUAUGCUGCACUGGCUGGGUGGACAGAAACAUCCCUAUUGAUUACUUCUACUAUGCAAAUAAUGUGUUGAUUCAAAGCUGCUACGAUUGUUCUUGUGAAUCCCAUUUACCGCCAAUUUCAAAAAUCAAAGUGCUUAUUUGUGACAGCUUUUUUGCCUGCACGGAGCGGUCGCUAGAUGUGACAGUGCGCCCAGCAGAAAAUAUACCGACUGAGCCAAGUGAAAUUUAUAAAUUUCUCACUACGGAGCCUCACGAUGUGAAGAACCUGUUCCGUUUAGGCAAGCACGAAGAGGGGCUUGCAAUUUUAUCUGCAGUGGCCGGCCGUGUGUACACAAAUGAUGCCGCCAUUGAGGUAAUGCGAAUGUUUGAGGACUUUAAGUCGGGAACAGUUCUUACGUUGGGCCUACUAGCAAAUAUGACAAUGGCUUUAGCUAUCAACCUGUCGCCCAUCGAUGAUGAAGAAGCACAGGUGCUCGCGGCAGCAGUCAGAGAAGUUAACGAAAAUUUUGAAACCAUCACUAAGCACGACAUGGCCUAUUAUCUGGCGGAAUCGGCAUUUCAUCCUACAACACGGAAAUGCAUUUCCACUUACAAUAUGAUCAGUCGCCUGGCCAAAGACUUGCCGCGACCGCCAAAGUCAAUUUAUAAUAAGUUUAUGAAGGGCCCCCUAUCACAAAGUCUUGUUGAAGAGCUUCGAAAGGAGAUAAACUCUAUUGAUGAUGAAAAAGUCAAAAUGCGCUCCCUCGUCUGGUUGGAAACUAAUUGGGAGACAGAGCGUUUAUAUGAAUUCCUGGACUAUGCACGUAAAAAUGAAAUGCAGGGUGAUUCCUCAUUGGGUGUGGUUGUGUCAGAGGGCGUGUCCCUCGAGGAACAGUGUGCAAUAUUUCCUCCUGGGAAAGAUUAUGAGAUUGCUACAAGCGAUAGUAUGCAUCGUGUGACCUUUGAAGCGGCACUUUUGGAUGAGCUGAAGAAAACGAGUUCCAAUAUUAUGUGUCUAAAAGUAAUCUCGGUUACUCGAGAGCUGAAUUGGUGGUAUCCAGAGGAAAGACAGCCUAGUUCGACUCUGCUGACGGUGCGAGUGUAUCAAGGAGUCGAUGAUUUUAAGCAAGAGGUGGAGCUUAAAAGAAGCACGAUCAGCUUCACUACCAUCGUCGGCAAGUACAAGCCUGCGAUGGCUGAAGAGCAACAGAUGUGGCAAAAAGGAAAGAUAUCGACCGAUAUGAAGACGAUGAUGUCGUUGACCGAUGAUUUUCAUAAGUUACAGCUGGAUGAAAGUCUAGUUCAUAAGUUCCCUGAUAAACUACUACAGGCGCAGCCGCGUCAUCUAGCCCAUGAACACGAUGAAGAUGAACUCGUUUCCGAUGUUGGAAAAUUCAGUAAUUGUCUGGAGUCUGGAACACUGCAUUUUUUACAGGAUGUUCAUGUCUUUCGAAUCACUUUGGAAGCGAGCUCUAUGCUGGCUGUGCGUUUCGAAAACGCUUCACAUAAAUUACGAGUGUUUUUGCAUCCCAAAAAUUUCCCCAUGCGCUCUGCCAUUCAAAAGUCCCAGUGUUUCGUACCUGCAGGUUCGACCAACAAGACGAUAUUGAUGCGUAACAAGUGCGCAAAGCCAUACAAGAUCUAUCUGGCCAUACGGGCGUGGUCGAAUGAAAAAUUACUUGAUGACCAAGGUGUACAUACACUUUUGGCCGAUGGACCGGUGAGCUACGCUUUUGUGUUCCAGCUUCGUUCCUGCGACUAUUGGAUGUACAGUCUGAAAGAGGAUGAUCAAAAAUGGUCGCCUAAUAUGUGCCUACCGUCAAUGAAAUAUAGCUUAACGGAUGGAUUACAUUGCACCUGCACAAUAAUGAGUACUUAUACCAGUUAUGUAUACUAUGUACCUGCCAUUCCGGUGCCUAUAGCAGCCUUCUCCCAAGCAGUUACUAAUCCAAGUGUGGUUACUUUUUAUAUAGUUGUAAUGGUGUUUCUGCUGCUCUGGUUAAUUGUGCUGCGUAUUUUUUGCAACAAACCCGGCAUUGAAGUAGUAUAUUGCGAGCUAAACACGAAGGAAAAGUCGACUGGAGAUGUGCACGAUGUUCUGGUAUAUAUCAGAACGGGCGGUAGAGAAUCUGCAGAUACUUCGGCCAAUGUGUAUUUAUCGUUUCUCACAAAACAUCAUACAGAGCUUCAGUUUACUGUCUAUCAGGAUCCCCACCAUCCUGUCUUUAGAAUGAAUUCAACUCACUGCUUAUGGCUGCGAACACGAGAUAUUCGUAUACCCACUAAAAUUGCCGUCUCCCACAGUAACCACGGAAUGCGUCCUAGCUGGUAUUUGCGGCGCAUUGAGGUUCGGGACUUGCAGACCCAGGAGGUGCAGGUGUUUGAAGUGCGCAGUUGGUUCUUAUUUGAAGUUGUUAUAAUGGAUUGGGUGUGCGGUACACCUGUAGGUUAG